AUGGUUCAGGGACUGACAAAACAAGAUUCACUGAACGUGCUAACUGGACAUGAUUCACUAGACGUGCUAACUGGACAUGAGUCACCAGACGUGCUAACUGGACAAGAUUCAUUGGACGUGCUGACUGGACAAGAUUCACUGAACGUGCUGACUGGACAUGAUUCACUAGACGUGCUAACUGGACAUGAGUCACUAGACGUGCUGACUGGACAUGAUUCACUAGACGUGCUGACUGGACAUGAUUCACUAGACGUGCUGACUGGACAAGAUUCACUAGACGUGCUGACUGGACAUGAUUCACUAGACGUGCUGACUGGACAAGAUUCACUAGACGUGCUGACUGGACAAGAUUCACUAGACGUGCUGACUGAACAAGAUUCAUUGGACGUGCUAACUGGACAUGAUUCACUAGACGUGCUGACUGGACAUGAUUCACUAGACGUGCUGACUGGACAAGAUUCACUAAACGUGCUGACUGGACAAGAUUCACUAGACGUGCUGACUCGACAAGAUUCACUAAACGUGCUGACUGGACAAGAUUCACUAGACGUGCUGACUGGACAAGAUUCACUGAACGUGCUGACUGGACAUGAUUCACUAGACGUGCUGACUGGACAAGAUUCAUUGGUCGUGCUGACUGGACAAGAUUCACUGAACGUGCUGACUGGACAAGAUUCAUUGGACGUGCUAACUGGACAAGAUUCACUAGACGUGCUGACUGGACAAGAUUCACUAGACGUGCUGACUGGACAUGAUUCACUAGACGUGCUGACUGGACAAGAUUCACUAAACGUGCUGACUGGUCAAGAUUCACUAGACGUGCUAACUGGACAUGAUUCACUAGACGUGCUUACUGGACAAGAUUCAUUGGACGUGCUGACUGGAGAAGAUUCACUAGACGUGCUGACUCGACAAGAUUCACUAAACGUGCUGACUGGACAAGAUUCACUGAACGUGCUGACUGGACAAGAUUCACUGAACGUGCUGACUGGACAUGAUUCACUAGACGUGCUGACUGGACAAGAUUCACUAGACGUGCUGACUGGAAAUGACGUGCUGACUGGACAAGAUUCACUAGACGUGCUGACUGAUUCACUGAACGUGCUGACUGGACAAGAUUCACUAGACGUGCUGACUGGACAUGAUUCACUAGACGUGCUUACUGGACAAGAUUCACUAGACGUGCUGACUGGACAAGAUUCACUAGACGUGCUGACUGGACAUGAUUCACUAGACGUGCUGACUGGACAAGAUUCAUUGGACGUGCUAACUGGACAAGAUUCACUAGACGUGCUGACUGGACAAGAUUCACUAGACGUGCUGACUGGACAUAAUUCACUAGACGUGCUGACUGGACAAGAUUCACUAAACGUGCUGACUGGUCAAGAUUCACUAGACGUGCUGACUGGACAUGAUUCACUAAACGUGCUUACUGGACAAGAUUCAUUGGACGUGCUGACUGGACAAGAUUCACUAGACGUGCUAACUGGACAAGAUUCAUUGGACGUGCUGACUGGACAAGAUUCACUGAACGUGCUGACUGGACAUGAUUCACUUGAAGUGCUGACUGGACAUGAUUCACUAGACGUGCUGACUGGACAAGAUUCACUAGACGUGCUGACUGGACAAGAUUCAUUGGACGUGCUAACUGGACAAGAUUCACUGAACGUGCUAACUGGACAAGAUUCACUGAACGUGCUGACUGGACAAGAUUCACUGAACGUGUUGACUGGACAAGAUUCAUUGGACGUGCUAACUGGACAAGAUUCACUGAACGUGCUGACUGGACAGGAUUCACUAGACGUGCUGACUGGACAAGAUUCACUAAACGUGCUGACUGGUCAAGAUUCACUAGACGUGCUGACUGGACAUGAUUCACUUAACGUGCUUACUGGACAAGAUUCAUUGGACGUGCUGACUGGACAAGAUUCACUAGACGUGCUAACUGGACAAGAUUCAUUGGACGUGCUGACUGGACAAGAUUCACUGAACGUGCUGACUGGACAUGAUUCACUAGAAGUGCUGACUGGACAUGAUUCACUAGACGUGCUGACUGGACAAGAUUCACUAGACGUGCUGACUGGACAAGAUUCAUUGGACGUGCUAACUGGACAAGAUUCACUGAACGUGCUAACUGGACAAGAUUCACUGAACGUGCUGACUGGACAAGAUUCACUGAACGUGUUGACUGGACAAGAUUCAUUGGACGUGCUAACUGGACAAGAUUCACUGAACGUGCUGACUGGACAGGAUUCACUAGACGUGCUGACUGGACAAGAUUCAUUGGACGUGCUAACUGGACAAGAUUCACUGAACGUGCUAACUGGACAAGAUUCACUGGACGUGCUGACUGGAGAAGAUUCACUAGACGUGCUGACUUGA